AUGAAAAAGACUUCCAAAAUGUUUUAUCAGAUAAUUAAAUCUUCUUUUAUGUGAGCGACGUUAACUAGUUUCUUAUCAGAAGUAUUGUGCUUAACUUGUGCAUCAACAGUGUGCAUAUAUACUUGUUUUCAUAGAGAGCGAAGGGUUUAUCUACGGGUUUAUAAACUAGGUUUCAUCCAUGGAGAUAUCAAUGGAAAACGAUAAAUUCCAAUUCUCCAUAGAUCGUGGUGGCACAUUUACUGAUAUAUACGCUAGAUGUCCUGGGGGUAAAAUUCGAGUUAUGAAAUUACUAUCCGUAGAUCCUAGUAAUUAUAACGACGCGCCGACAGAAGGCAUUCGUAGGAUACUAGCUGAGGAAGGUAGCAUUAAAACGGAUGGAGCAAUCGAUACCUCUAAUAUAGAAUGGAUCAGAAUGGGAACGACAGUUGCCACUAAUGCGUUAUUGGAAAGAAAAGGCGCGAAAAUGGCGCUAUUAAUAAAUGAGGGUUUCAUGGAUCUUCUAUACAUCGGCAAUCAGUCCCGGCCAAAUAUUUUCGAUUUGGAGAUAGUGAUGCCGGAGGUUUUGUAUAAACAUGUAAUAGGAGUAAAAUGUAGAGUAAUUCCCGCUCUGCCGGGAAGUUGUCGUAUGGAGAAUCAGUCAUGGCGAAAGGUAAAAGGUUCUACCGGCGAAGAUCUGUACGUUAUUCAAGAACUUGAUGAGGUACAAUUGAAGGAAGAUUUGAAAACACUUCGUAAUCUAGGAAUAGAUAGUCUUGCUGUCGUUCUGGCACAUAGCUAUACUUAUGCAGCUCACGAGAUUAGAAUUGGCGAAUUAGCGCGAGAAGCAGAUUUCUCACAGAUAUCUCUUUCACACGAGGUGAUGCCGAUGACGAGAAUGGUUCCCAGAGGCUUUACUGCAUGUGCAGAUGCUUACUUGACGCCACACAUUAAAAACUACGUACAGGCUUUUUCUUCAGGGUUCAAAGACAACUUGAAAGGUGUCAAUGUAUUGUUUAUGCAGAGCGACGGUGGAUUAACACCUAUGAAUUCUUUUAAUGGGUCACGUGCUAUACUUUCUGGACCAGCUGGUGGCGUUGUUGGAUAUGCAAUGACAACUUAUGGAAAGGAGACUGAUCUACCAGUGAUCGGAUUCGACAUGGGCGGUACAUCUACUGAUGUAAGUCGAUACGGAGGAAGUUACGAGCACGUUUAUGAGAGCACCACGGCAGGCAUUACUAUACAAGCUCCGCAGUUGGAUGUCAAUACAGUUGCGGCAGGAGGUGGAUCAAUGCUUUUCUUCAGAUCAGGUCUCUUUGUGGUUGGGCCUGAGAGUGCGGGAGCUCAUCCUGGACCCGCGUGUUACAAAAAGGGUGGUCCACUAACUGUAACGGAUGCCAAUCUCGCGUUGGGUCGUCUGUUGCCUGAAUACUUUCCUCAAAUUUUUGGGCCUAAGGAAAACGAACCGCUUGAUGUGUCUCGUACAUUAAGUUUGUUCACAACACUUACCUAUGAGAUCAAUGAAUUUUUAAAAAAUGAUGAAGCUAUGUCAAUCGAUGAAGUGGCAAUGGGAUUUAUUAGGGUCGCGAAUGAAACCAUGUGCCGACCGAUUCGUGCGUUGACUCAAGCAAAAGGUUAUGACACUUCUCGUCAUGUCCUGGCAUGUUUCGGUGGUGCCGGAGGACAACAUGCCUGUGCAAUCGCUCGAUCGUUGGGUAUAAGUACGGUUUUUGUUCAUAAGUAUGCCGGUAUUUUGUCAGCUUAUGGGAUGGCAUUGGCAGAUGUUGUUGAAGAGGCACAAGAACCAAGCGCUAAAACUUACAAUCACGAAAACUUCGCUCGUUUGGACGAUCGGUUAGAUGCGAUGGAAGCCAAAGUCAAAAGUAGACUUCGCGCACAAGGAUUUUUUGAUUCUCAAAUACAAACGGAACCAUUUCUUCACUUACGUUAUGAGGGCACUGACUGCGCUUUAAUGUGCACUCCUGCAAGUCAGGAUUCAAUGAGCGUCACUACUAGACACGGAAAUUUUCUCGCUACUUUUCUCGAAAGAUAUAAGACAGAAUUUGGUUUUACGAUACCAGACCGUAAGAUUUUAGUUGAUGAUGUGAGAGUUCGAGGAAUUGGAAAAUCUGAAAUUCCAGAGGAUCUUAUAUUGCCUCCUUCACAAGCUUCACCAAAAGCUGAAAAGACCACUAUGGUAUACUUCGAAGGUGGCUACCAGGAAACAGGCGUCUAUCAGUUAAAUUCGUUAUCUUCUGGAGAUAUUUUACAUGGUCCUGUCAUUAUUAUGGAUAGUUUAAGCACACUUUUAGUGGAGCCAGAUUGCAUUGCGGAAAUUACUAUCCGCGGUGAUGUAAAAAUAAUGAUUGGACAAGGUCGGCGAACAAAAGUCACCACUGAUCUUGAUAGUAUUCAGCUUAGUAUUUUUUCGCAUCGUUUUAUGAGCAUUGCUGAACAAAUGGGUCGAGUACUUCAAAGGACUUCAAUUUCUACUAAUAUUAAAGAGCGAUUGGACUUCUCAUGUGCGAUUUUUGGCCCUGAUGGUGGUCUUGUUUCAAACGCUCCUCAUAUCCCAGUGCAUCUGGGCGCCAUGCAAGAAACUGUACAAUAUCAGAUGAAAGCAUUUAAUGGCAAAUUUACGCCGGGAGAUGUCAUCCUGUCUAAUCAUCCAUUAGCAGGCGGUUCCCAUCUUCCAGAUUUAACAGUUAUCACGCCAGUAUUUUACAAAGAUGUGCCUACACCGGUAUUCUUUGUGGCCAGUAGAGGUCAUCAUGCUGAUAUUGGUGGUAUUACUCCGGGUUCUAUGCCACCACACUCAACGAGUUUGAGUCAGGAAGGCGCUGUCUUUAAAACUUUUCUGUUAGUACAUGAAGGAAUAUUUCAAGAAGAAGAACUCACAGAGACCUUAAUGGCACCGAGCAAAGUACCGGGAAGUUCGGGAACCAGAAAUCUCUCAAACAACAUUAGUGAUCUCAAAGCUCAGAUCGCAGCUAAUCAAAAAGGUUUUCAAUUAGUAAACGAGCUAAUUGAUACAUACAGUCUCGAAGUAGUGCAAGCGUAUAUGGAUUAUAUUCAAAGUAAUGCUGAAGUUGCCGUUCGAGAAAUGUUGAAGUCGAUAGGUACGAAAAUUAAAACGCGAAGAGGAAAAGAAAUCGAUAUCAAUGCCGUUGAUUACCUUGAUAACGGUAGUCCCAUCAAGUUACAUGUGGAUCUCGAUAUAAACAAAGGCGAAGCAAUUUUUGAUUUUAGUGGAACGGGUUGUGAAGUAUGGGGUAAUUGCAACGCACCACGUGCCAUAACGUUGUCUGCAGUAAUUUAUUGUUUAAGGUGUAUGGUUGGACGUGAUAUACCAUUAAAUCAGGGUUGUUUGAAGCCUGUGAAAAUAAUUAUCCCUAAAGGAUCGUUACUCGAUCCUUCUGAGGAUGCAGCGGUGGUAGGCGGCAAUGUCUUGACAUCUCAACGUAUUGUUGACGUAAUCUUGGCAGCUUUCGAAAUUUGCGCAGCCUCGCAGGGUUGUAUGAACAAUGUAACCCUUGGUACUGAGAAGUGGGGUUAUUACGAGACAGUUGCUGGUGGAAGUGGAGCAGGACCGAUAUGGCAUGGCAGAAGCGCUGUUCACACGCAUAUGACUAACACAAGAAUAACAGAUCCAGAAAUACUCGAGCUUCGCUACCCAAUUAUACUUAACCGCUUCUCCAUUCGAUGCGGAAGUGGAGGUAAUGGAGCGUAUAUCGGUGGCGAUGGUGCUAUACGUGAAAUGAUAUUUAGAGCUCCGAUGACCUUAUCUGUAUUAACUGAACGGAGAGUGUAUCAUCCACCUGGAUUUAAUGAUGGUGAAACUGGAGCAUGUGGCUUAAAUAUUUUGGUACGGACUGAUGGCAGACACAUCAAUUUAGGUCCGAAAGCUGCUGUUCCAGUUUAUGAGGGGGAUAAGUUCAUUAUUGAAACUCCAGGUGGUGGUGGUUAUGGUUCCGUUUACAAAGACAAGCAAGCUGAAAGAUCUUCGGUCUAUUCGAAGACUUACGAUUCACAAUAUUUAUCAACAAGAUCUACAUCAGAAUACCAAGAUACAAAAUCUAAUAAAAGUUUGCAUAAUUUUGCAGAACGCGGAAGUGUUUUUGAGUAUCGUAUGGCCCAGGAAUCUGUUUAGUAAAACUCAUAAUUGCCAUAAACGCGAUGAGUUAUAUUGUAGUAUAGAAAAUAUAUGUAUGUAUCGCGUAAAAAACGAACGUGCAUAAGUUGCAAUAGUUGCACUCAUGUUACAAUAUAUUUUAAAAUAAAU